CGCGGGACGGCCGCCGCGGAGAUCCCGCAGGCUGGCGGAGCGGAGGUGGCCCGUCGGCGCUGGACCAUGGUGCUGUGAGGGCGCGCCGCGCUCCCCGCCCAGCCCCGCGAUGCGCGCCGUGCCCCGCGCCGUGCCCCGCGCCGUGCCCCUGGCCGCGCUCCUGCUCUGCCUCCUCCCGCAGCAGCCGGGCAGCGGCCGCGCCUGGGACCAGCACGCCCCGCGCCUUCGCCUCGCCUACAGAGAUCUGCUGAAAUCCAACAGCUCUCGCCUGUUGCUGGCCUCAGGGGAUGGGCUGGCUUUCCAAGCCCUCUUGGUGGAUGAAGACAGGGCAUGGCUGAUGGCGGGAGCAAAAGAUCACAUCUUCCUGCUCCACCUGGACCAUCCGGGCAGAGAGCCAGAGAAGAUUUUCUGGCCAGCCCCCAGGGAGCAGGUGGAGCAUUGUCAGCUGGCGGGGAAGAACGUGGAGACAGAGUGUGCCAACUUCAUCCGCCUCCUGCAGCCCUUCAACAGGAGCCACGUAUUCGCCUGUGGGACCGGCUCCUACCAACCCGUCUGUGCCUUCAUCCAGCUGGGAGCCAGGGGCAAGGGUCCCGGGGCUCCCACCAUGCGGCUGGUGACCAGCUCCUUGGAGUCGGGGCGAGGACGGUGCCCGUACAGCCCCCACGAACCCUUCACGGGCCUCCUCGUUGAUGGGGAGCUGUAUUCGGGCACCUCCAGUGACUUCAUGGGCAGCAGUGCUGCCUUCUUCCGCACCUGGGUGCACGGGGCCGAGCAGAGCUACAUCCGCACGGAGCAGAACCAGGACCACUGGCUGCAUGAGCCCGUGUUUGUCGGUGCCUUCACCAUCCCUGAUACCUACAACCCCCACGAUGACAAGGUCUACAUCUUCUUCCGUGAGACGGCCACAGAAGCCGGGCAGUGGGAGCGGCGGCACAUCCACGCCAGGGUGGCCCGGGUCUGCAAGAAUGAUGUUGGUGGGAAGCGAGGCCUCAUCAACCGCUGGAGCACCUUCCUCAAGGCACGCCUGGUGUGCUCCAUCCCCGGGCCCCAGGGCACUGAGACCCACUUUGACCAGCUUGAGGAUGUUUUUCUCCUGCACACCCGGGACCCCCAGAACCCCCUCCUCUUUGGCCUCUUCACAGUCUCCAGCGGGGUCUUCAGCGGCUCCGCCGUCUGCGUCUACUCCAUGGCUGCCGUGAGAGCCGCCUUCAGCGGCCCCUUCGCACACAAGGAGGGAUUCGACUACCGCUGGGUAGAAUACAAGGGCCGUGUUCCCUACCCCCGUCCUGGCAUGUGCCCCAGCGAGACGUACGACCCGCUCCUGCAGUCCACCAAGGACUUCCCCGACGAGCUGAUCAGCUUCAUGCGCAGCCACCAGCUGAUGUGGGAGCCCGUGUACCCGCAGGGCCGCCGGCCCGUCCUGGCCAGGGUCAACGUGCCCUAUCGGCUGCGGCGGCUGCUGGUGCACAGGAUGGACACCGAGAGCCGCCCCUUCCACGUGCUCUUCCUUGGCACAGACCAAGGGAAGGUGCUGAAGGUGGGGCUGGCCGGGGCCGUGGGCCGUGGUGGCCCCGAGGUGAUCAGCCUGGAGGAGAUCAGCGUCACUAAGGUGCCUUCUCCCAUCCUGGACAUGAAGUUAUCCCCAAAAAGGCAGGAGCUGUUUGUGAGCAGCACCCACGGGCUGCUCCAGCUGUCUCUGUACCGCUGCGAGCUCUAUGGCAAAACCUGCACUGACUGCUGCCUGGCCAGGGACCCCCUGUGCACCUGGGACGGCAGGGCCUGCGCCCCACACCUCCUCACCGAGAAGAGGCGUGCCCGCUGCCAGGACGUGCUGAAGUCAGACCCGCUCAGCCAGUGCCAGGACACUGCAGAAGGGACCGCUGCUGUGGAGAAGCUGGUUUAUGGAGUGGAGAAGAACUCGACGUUCCUGGAGUGCCUGGCGCGCUCCCCACAGACCACUGUGCGGUGGCUGGUGCGUGGGGAGGAGACGGGCCCGAGCGAGGUCAGGAACGACGGCCGCUUCUCGGUGCUGGAGCAAGGGCUGCUGAUCCGGCAGCUGGCGAGGGAGGACGCGGGCACCUACGAGUGCCAGGCCAUGGAACGGUCCUUCUCCCGGCCUCUCACCCGAUACAGCCUCCGUGUCAUCAGGCACGAGGCCAUGGAGGUGCCACCCUACAGACAAAGCAAAGGGGCCGAGCUCGGAGGGACCCACCAGAGCCCCCGGCCUCGAACUGACCUGCACCCGGGCUACAAGGGCUUCCCACGGGCCCUGGGGGCACCGGGCACCAGCCUGGACGCCUACUGCAACGCGCUGCGGCACCAGGAGAGGCAGCGGCACAGAGCCUGGCACCACAAAUGGCAGCACCCGGCCCCGGACGGCAGGACCGGGCGCGUGCGGAGGCAGCCGCAGCCCCUGUGACGGGGCACAGCGCCCGGGGCUGCCCCUGCUCCCUCCUCGGGCUCUCCGGGCCCGCAGCAGCCCCGAGCUACCCCUGGGCUGCCGCUGCAGGGGCUCCUGGCUGUUACUACCUCAAAGCCCGGCGGUGCCCGGGGAGAGGGCACACACGCACCCCCCCACACGCAAAGCUAUUUACACCCUGCAGAAUAUUUAUUCUUCUUUCCCCCUGGCCCUUAAGGACGAUUGUUACUAGCACAGAGGACAGAGAAGGGCAAGAGCCAGCUCCCACAGAUGGCUCCCUGAUGCCCCAGAACACGGCAGGAGGCAGCGGGGUGGGCAGUGGGGCGCUCGAGGCUGUGCAGGUGCCCCGGUCCAGCUCAGCCCCUUCAAACCACACUGCUCCUGGAAAGGCUGACGCGUGUUUUGCCCCGCAAAGAGGCGAGAGAAGCACCAGGCAGUUAUAUCAACUUACAAUUUAUUGGUUUUUUUUUAAAAAAAUGACAUGAAACACAAGUAAAAAUAAAUACAUCAUAUA